AUGGAUAUUCACCGCUGUCGCUUCGUUCCUUAUAACCCUCAAGCUAUCAAUGCGCUCGCAUUCUCCCAUCCUCCAUCUGCAGAACUUGCGGGACGUGGUGUUCCUACUCUCCGACUCGCGGUUGGUCGCGCGAAUGGCGAUAUUGAAAUAUGGAAUCCAUUGCGCGGCGCAUGGUUUCAGGAGACAGUUCUCCGUGGAGGGAAGGAUAGAAGUAUAGAAGGACUCACCUGGACCCUCGAUCCGCCUGAAUCUGGUCCCGAUGGUUCAAAGAUACCCGGACGGCUGCGCUUGUUCAGUAUCGGAUACUCGACUGCGGUGACUGAAUGGGAUAUUGAACAGGGCUGUCCUUUGCGUCACUCAAGCGGAAAUUAUGGCGAGAUCUGGUGCAUAGCGGCCCAGCCAAGAUGGCGGCCUACGAAACGAGGAAAGGAUGGCAAGUGGCUGCCUCCAGCGGAAGGAGAGUACACCGGACAGCAUCUCGCCGCGGGAUGCGCGGAUGGAUCUAUCGUGAUAUUGUCUACGGCAGACAAUGAUGUUAGGUUCCUUCGUCUUAUGCGACCUUCUACAAAGAGAGCUAGGGUGCUUAGCGUCACCUUCCAAGAUCGUCACACUAUUGUGGCCGGCUAUGCGGACAGCUCAAUCCGUCUGUUUGAUAUUCGGAAUGGUCAACUCCUACGAACAAUCUCUUUGGGCAAGGGACCGACAGGUGGUACGAAGGAAUUGCUCGUUUGGUCUGUGAAGUGCCUUCCCGAUGGCACUAUUGUUUCUGGCGACUCUGCUGGUGAAGUUCGUUUCUGGGACGGCAAGAAUUACUCGCUUAUCCAACGACUCAAUUGCCACUUGGCUGACACUUUGGACAUCGCUGUGAGUGCCAAUGGGGACACAGUUGUUAGUGGAGGUGCGGACCAAAGAACAGUUGUCUAUAGAAAGAAGGCUGGAGAGAAGGGCGAUAAGAAAGGCCGGUGGGUUGAGGUGAUGCACCGGCGGUACCAUACCCACGAUGUUAAGACAUUUGCUGUCUAUGAGACGAAGGACAUUAGUGUUAUUGUUUCUGGAGGACCUGACGCCUCCCCGAUUGUCUUACCUUUGCGUGAGUUCGGAAAAGAGCACCACAGAAAGCUAUCGAGUCUGCCUCAAAUACCACAGCUUGCGUCUUCGCCUUCAUCUCGACUGGUUAUGAGCUUCUGGGAUAGAGAGAUUAGCAUCUGGCGCCUGUUCCGCGGCCCUAUGUCUUUGCAAGAAAAUCUCGAUGGGCAAAGGCACAGAUUGGUUGGGAAGGUCCUGAUCCAGGGCGAAGAGAAUAUCACCUCAGCUAUGCUAUCUUCCGACGGAAAGAUUCUAGUCGUUGCUACGAUAUCCAGCGUCAAGGUGUUUUCUGUUCGGCGGCGCAAAAGCGACGAGAAAGGAACCCUCCGCAUACAAAAGCUUGAUAUCCCAUCUACACUUGCUAAUGACGGAGCUCGAGUUGUUACCGUUUCCCCCGAUAGUCGGUGGAUCUGUGUCGUUCGUCCCAAUAGUGCUACCUACUUAGCCAGGAUCAAGCCUGCUUCGUCGCCUCAGGAGAAAUCCCAGGUCCUUACCCAACUCGUCAAACUUAACAGAGCUACCCGCCACGCUCGCUAUGAGAAGGCCUCCCAUGGUACCCUUGGUGACUACGAAAAGACCAUCCGAUGCGCCGUGUUCUCCGAAAACAGCAAGAUUUUUGCAGUCGGAGAUCUCUCUGGGUGUGUGGAUGCCUGGUCGCUGGAGAAAGCUGAGUCAAAGACCUUGGCGAAGGCAAAUGCUGCCGAAGACUCCGACGAAGAUUCUGACGAUGAGGAUGAACAGCCAGUGGUGGAGGGUGAGCGUUGGACUCUCACAGCCGCUGAAUCGCCAAUCCCUCGUCUCAGGUCUGGCGUACUACUGUUGUCCUUCCGCCCUCUGAAUCCGGCCGGGAAGAAGUUAUUGGCCGACGGUGCUGAUCAGGACUCUAAGGUUGAAAGCCGGUUGAUGGCUCUUACAAGUGAGCACCAACUGGUGGAAGUUGAUGCUCUUGAUGGGAAGUUGUCGGAUUGGUCAAGGAGAAACCCCAAGGCUUUCUUACCCGCAGAGUUUAGGGGUGUAAAAGAUCGUGCGAUGGGCUGUGUUUGGGACUUGAACGAGGCCCGUGAACGCCUCUGGCUCUAUGGUACCUCUUGGCUGUGGAUGUUUGACUUGAAUCAGGACUUUCCGUCUCCGGAGGAGCUGAGUGCUUCUGCAGAUACUCAUGAUGAUGGACAGGAAUCAAUGCAGGCUGCUAAGAAGUCUUCAUCCCAAAAGCGCAAGCCUGUCAAUGGCGACACACCCUCUCAGAAACAACUGAUGCAGGCCGCGGAUAACUCACAUUCGGCACGUCGUUGGUGGCACACAUACAAGUACCGUGAUAUUCUCGGAAUUGUACCUUUGAAUUGUCAGGCAACGGAUGAAGAAUCGCAGGAGCAUGAAGAUGGUGGUAACUUAGAGGUUGCAGUUGUGGAGCGGCCCAUGUGGGACGUUGAGCUUCCGGGUCGCUAUGUUAGGGACUAUGAGUGA